GCGUGGCGGGGUGUUUGUUUAUCCAUAUACUGGCUUAGGCUAUAGCUAACCAAUCAGGAUAGCACCGAUCGUAAUGUACUGUAACGGUUUGGAUACAAAUGCAAGAACAAACAAUAGGCUACAUAAAUGAUGCAGUAGGCCUAUAAUACAUAUUGAAGAUGGGUCAGUGAUUUAAACACACUCAUUACCUCUGCAGUUUUGGAUAGGUUUAUUUUACGCUCAAGUUUACGCUCAUAAAAUAGGCAGUGCGUUUUCAGUCGGUGGAUGUGUCAGUAAGCGUCUUUGACGGGAGAAUUGGCGCAUCUCACAGAGCAGCCACCAGGACAAUCGGGUUAUGAACGAUUCGGCGUUUUCGUGCAAAAUAUCCUAUGUUUUCCCGUGGAGUGAUGCAAUCACCGUCGGUUGCAUGCAGGACAGCGAUGGGGCAUUGGUAGAUCAUACAGUUGUAUUAUUAUAAACGGGGACGCUCCUCCCGAAGCCAUAUUUGUUUUGUAUGCCAAACUGAGGCAGGGGGUGGAGAGUCGCUACAGAAACAUUUGGCUUUACAUUUAGUCGUGGGUUUGCGUUCCUUCUCGUGCAAAAUUUCCGAAUUGAGAGAAUUUUGCCAGAGAAAUGCAGCUUGCUUGAGGACACCCCCGAUAUCGGUUGGCUGCUGCUGCCAUGAUUGGCAGAAGUCUCCUCUCGAUCACGGCUUCGCGGGUUGGAGAAGAAACAGAUUGAUUUGGACCUGGUCUCAGCUGCGGAACUGCCGAUGUCGGAUGUUAUUAUCAGUGGAGCCUGAUCCUAUAAAUAUUAGAAGCGCAAACAAAGAGUAAUUCUGGAAAAACUCAGGGAAAAUGUCUUCUCGUUCUGCGUUACCGUCUGGGAACGACAGGGGCACGGACCAUCAUGUGUCCCUGGCUGCCAGCCGCUCAGACAAGGGAACCAGCCUGUCCAGCCGCUCGCUGGGUGCCCGCUGCAGGAACUCCAUGGCCUCCUGCUCUGACGAGACUCCGCACAUCGGCAACUACCGCCUGCUCAAGACCAUCGGCAAGGGCAACUUUGCCAAGGUCAAACUGGCGCGCCACAUCCUGACGGGCAAGGAGGUUGCAAUAAAAAUCAUUGACAAAACUCAGUUGAAUCCAACCAGCCUACAAAAGCUUUUUCGAGAAGUUCGGAUAAUGAAAGGUUUAAAUCACCCAAACAUAGUGCAGCUGUUCGAGGUGAUUGAGACUGAUAAGACCCUUUACCUAAUCAUGGAGUAUGCCAGUGGAGGUGAAGUGUUUGACUACCUCGUAUCUCAUGGUAGAAUGAAGGAGAUUGAAGCCAGAGCCAAAUUUCGACAGAUUGUGUCUGCUGUCCACUACUGCCACAUGAAGAAAAUUGUCCACCGAGACUUGAAGGCCGAGAACCUCCUGCUGGACGCCAACGCCAACAUCAAGAUCGCCGACUUCGGCUUCAGUAAUGAGUUCACGCUGGGCAACAAGCUGGACACGUUCUGUGGCUCCCCGCCCUAUGCUGCCCCGGAACUGUUCCAGGGGAAGAAGUACGACGGGCCUGAGGUGGACGUCUGGAGCCUGGGGGUCAUACUGUACACGCUGGUGUCAGGGUCGCUGCCGUUCGAUGGGCAGAACCUCAAGGAGCUGCGUGAGCGCGUCCUUAGAGGGAAGUAUCGUGUGCCCUUCUACAUGUCCACCGACUGCGAGGGGAUCCUACGCCGGUUCCUGGUGCUCAAUCCCACCAAGCGCUGCACCUUAGAUCAAGUCAUGAAGGACAAGUGGAUAAACGCAGGGUAUGAUGAGGAUUCCUUGAAGCCCCAUAUAGAGCCUGUUGAGGACUACAGUGAUGCCGCUCGCAUAGAGGUGAUGGUGGGGAUGGGCUUUACUCCCGAGGAGAUCAAGGAUGCUCUGCUCAACCAGAAGUACAACGAGGUCACCGCUACCUACCUAUUGCUGGGCCUCAAGAAUGAGGAUGGUGGCGAGUCUCGUUCGGCCAGUACCCUGUCCCUUGCACGGGUCCGGCCCAGCCCCAUCACCAACGGGACCAACAAGCACUCCUUGGCCAUUGCAGGCUCCUCUUCCUCCUCUUCAUCCUCCUCGCACAGCAAGACCCAGCGUAGCGCUUCCACCUAUCACAGGCAGCGGCGGCACAGUGACUUCUGCGGGCCCUCCAUGCCGGUCAUGCACCCCAAGCGGAGCCCCACCAGCACAGGUGACCGGGAGCUGCGGGAGGGGCGCAUGCCCCCGCGUAAGGCCAGCUGCAGCGUGAUGGGCAGUCGCUCGCUGCCACCCUCCAGUCCCAUGGUCAGCAGUGCCAAUAACCCCAACAAGUCAGAGAUCCCCGACCGCCGAAAGGAGAUGACUGCCACCACGGUGAGGAACAGUGAGAACAACAUCCCGGGAAGUGCCAUGACCCGGCGGAACACAUACGUCUGCACGGACCGCUCCAGCACCGACAGACACUCCCUGCUGCAGAAUGGCAAGGAGAACAGCUCCCUGUCCCACCGCCUGCCCCCCACAUCCCCCUCCAGCCUGAGCAUCUCUGGGGCCGGGGCCUCCUCCUCAUCUAGCGAGCGCUGCCGUCUGACACGGGGCUCCACCAUUCGAAGCACCUUCCACGGGGGCCAGCUGAGAGACCGGGGCCCGCCCGUCUACUCGGCCCCGCCUACCUCCCCCACUCUGUCCCACCAUGAUGCAAGUCCCCUGCCGCACGCCCGCAGCCGUGCCACCUCCAACCUCUUCACCAAGCUCACCUCCAAACUCACACGCAGGGUCACAAAUGAACCUGAGGGAAUCUGCCGAUCUGCGGUCACAAGGUCAGUAUAUGUCACAAGUCGCCAUUUACCUGGGCAUCAAAAAGCGUCCGAGCCCUGGGCAGUCGGACGUGGCUGGGAUCUGAGAGGACCUGGGGGGCGGCGGGACCCGGCGGAGGUGGUGCUGGCCCUGCGGGAGGCGGCACGGGGUUGUGGCUGCCAGGUCCACCAUGCCGGCCCCUUUCUGCUCUCCUGCACCCACGGGGCGGCCAGUGGUCAAGUGGCCUUUGAGGCCGAGGUGUGCCACCUCUCCACAGGGGGCAGCGCCGCCAACAAUGAGUCUUCCAACGGGGUGCGGUACACGCGACUCUGGGGGGCACCACUUGCUUUCCGGGACAUCGCCACGCAAAUCUCGAAGGACCUCGAACUCUGAAUAUAAUGGGGGUUGAGAAGGAUGGAAAGAGAAAUAGAUAAAGGGACUUGGGGCUGGAGAUAAAUACAUUUCCUCCUGUCUCUUACGUGGCUAAAGACCUACCCCUCUCCACACCAGUCUCAACCUCACCACCCAAACCCCCCACGCCACACAGACUCAAGCAUCCCCUCCCCCCAACUUCAUCCACUGGAUCCGAACCAGAGAGAAAUCCAGCUUCAUAUUUUGUAUUGUUAACUCUAGCCAUAAUGACUAUUACUUUUAUGAUUGGUAUCAUUGUGGUUUUUAACCAUCACCACCUCCGAACCGACACUAUCGUAAACAUUUCUUGUGUCUCGCCGUCUUUGAUUGUCUUUGAUUGUCUUCUGCGUGUCACUGUAUGUGUUUUUGGUCAUUCUUCUCCCAUUUGAACAUUAAUAUGGAUUAAGUGAUUAUCCAAGGACUUGUCGCCAGUGGACAACAUGCACAAAUAGGGAGACAGUUAACUCAAUGAUUUGACAAGUGGCCUGAAAAGUUGCUCUGUUUUUCAUUGUGUGCAUGGUAUGGGUGGGAUUGAAUUAUUGGCAAUGACAGAGGAGUUGACAGACACUUUGAACCAGCCAAUGGUAACAUUCACAUCCAUUUUCCACUUACAAUAUCAUCAACUGAAUAAAGUAGCAGAUGGGGAUGUUUUCUCGGACACACCAUGAAUCUUUCUCAGUAAGUCUUAUUGCACAUGACAAAUAUAAACUGGACGGAUAUAGGUUUCAGUUUUGUAGUAUUGUACAACCCACACCGUAAUAAGCUGUUUUAUUAAUGUAUAGGAUCAGGUAGUAUACACUUUGGUAUACAUCAUGCUCCAUCAGCGGCAAUAUGAAAACGUAAUCUAUGUAGAUCAGAACUGUGGUUCAUAGUGCUACUUUUUCACCUUCAUACCUCUUUAGCUACCUGUACAUUUGGUUUCCUGCACACACCCUUGCAAAGUAAUUCCAUUGGCACAUUCCUUUUCCUGAGAAACUAUUUUAACCCUCUGAUUGGCUGGGAUCAAUGUCUGUGUUGGAACUGGUCAUUACCAAUAAUCAUAUCAAGCUGUUUUUAAGCAUUUCAUCCCCUACUUCUCACGAUAUGAUCUAUCCCUUUUACAUUUCUUCAGCAAAGUUGAAUUCAAGUCAUGAAAGAGUUACAGUUCCUCUGCAUAAAAUAGCCUAACUCAAUGUAUUAUGGCUGAAAGGGUGGCUGGAAAGGAAAAAAAUGCAACCGCGGUUCACUGCAGAACAUUGUGCCCUUGAAUGUCACAUGGCUUUGCCAAAAUGAAAAGCUGUCAGACAUACUAGUGAACCAAAUUUGGAACAGACAAUGUUUGAAGUACAUGAUUAUUUAAGUAUUUAUAUUUUAAAUACUUUAUUUCUGUGUAUUUGAGUAAGUCAUAUAUGUAUAUAUGUAUAUGUAUAUAUGUGUAUAUAUAUGUAUAUUAAUGUAUGUAUAUAUAUGUGUGUAUAUAUAUAUAUAUGUCAUAUUGCUUUCAGUGCAAUGCGAUGCAAUGCAAUUUUGUUUGAUUUCUAUUCCGUGCCAUGCCGAUUUAUCUUCAGCCAUCUCACUACAUUGAAGGUGAACAUCAAAAUCAGUUUUUUUCUGAGGCAACUGGAACCACCCAAUCCCAUUCCCACUGUUACACACACACUGGUGCCUCUACUCUGACACCCUUCAGCAUUUUGACAUUGGUGAACUUCAGAUCAAACUGGUUUUGUCUACUGCUGAUGACUGUCCCACAUGACAAAAUGCUACAGUUUACUAUACAAUACUAUAGUACUUACUAUAAAAUUAUGUAGUUAACUGUAGUAUACUGUAGAAUACUAUACUCCACACUGUAGUAUCCCUCGAUCGUGUAGUGCUUACUAUAGAAUUUUGUAGAAUACUAAACUCCAUAUUGUAGUAUCCAUUGAUCAUGUGUAGUACUUACAUGUUGUAGUAUACUGUAGAAUACUAUAGUAAAUACUACAGUAAUUUCCGCAAAAAUACUACAUUUUCCGCAAAAACACUACAGUUUUUUAACUAUAGUAAAUCUACAAUAUUAAUUUGCAUAUACCUCACCCAUUCCCAUACCCUGUACCCCAAUUUGUGCCACCCAUGAAUGAGAAACCUACAUGCCAAGUAUAGACCAUAUAUUGUGUUCCCUACAGGUUAUAUAAAAGAGCAGAAGCUCUAAAGUAUCCGUUCAGACUCCAUUCCUACCUACCUACAGGUUAUGGAAAAUUUGCUAUUUUAGUGUUUGUCCUGUUGGUUUCCUACAGGGCGGCAAGUAGCCUAGCAGUUAGAGCAUUGGGCCAGUAAUCGAAAGGUUGCUGGUUCGAAUGCAUGAGCUGACAAGGUGAAAAAUCUGUCCAAUGUGCCCUUGAGCAAGGUAUUUAACCCUAAUUUGCUAAAGGGGCGCCAUACUACUAUGGCUAACCCUGUAAAACAACACAUUUCACUGCACCUAUCCGGUGUAUGUAACUAUAGUAAACUGUAAAUCAUGUCUGCAAAAAUACUGCAGUAUAUACUACAGUCAUGUCUGCAAAAACACUACGGUUGAAUACUAUUGGAAAGUCUGCAAAACACUACAGUGAAUAAUAUAGUAAUAGUACAGUAUUCUUACCAUAGUAUAUUAAUGUAUUUUUUCAUGUGGGGUCGGCUACUGUGGGUUGUAGGGGAAGUGCAUAGAUACGCAGAGGAGUCAUUUAUAGAGACAGAGAGAGACAGAGACAGAGAGAGACAUAAAGACAAUGUGACUGGUAUGCUGUGUUUUCCCUGUUGCUCCUCUUACAGUAUGCCUACAUACAGUAAAAGUUCAAUGUUGGAAAAUAAGAACCUCAAAAAGGCUUCCUCACCCUCCUCCUGAUUAGAAUAAAGGAUGUACUGUGAUGUUCAUGUAGGCUACAGAGACCAAGAUGUCUGCCUGGUUAUUUACUGUUAACGCUCUCGGUCUCAGUUGUGGAUUUUUGCUCAUGGUGAUUUAACCAGUCAGACCAAAGUGAUCAUGUAGGGUUUGAUCUUCAUCACAAGCGUUUUUGCUGUCUGUAUGUCAGUUUGUUUUUGCAAUCCUCCUCCUGUCGUUUAUUUUUUCAAAACCACUCACAACUGUCAUCUGCUUCACAGACACGUUGUUGAAUAAUCUCUUCUGAAUCUCCUUGUGCUGUUUUGUCUGCCCAAUGACAGGAUCCCCUAUAUAGGAGGACAAUACUAGUCCACUACAUUUCACCGCCCUUUACAGUACAGAACAGACAGACACACUUAUUGACCUGAAAAGGGUCAGUCCUAUGUCCUAUAACAUUGUGGUGUAUAUUAGCAUUAGGUAAUAUAGACCUCAAUGCACUUUGCUUUGACUUGAAUCAGCUCCUUCCAGUGGGCCCUAGGGCAAUGCCCAUAAUGAGCCACUGGAGGGAGCCAAUGUCUUAAAUGUGAACACUUCAAUUUGUGGAUAUUUGCACAGGUACUUUUUUUUUUUUUUAGAUGAAUAUCGUAAUAGAAAAAACUGGAUUUAUAUCAGCCAGUUAAUGGCUGUAUAUAAAAUAUAGGAAUAUAGUAUAUAUCUUAGCGGUCAAGGUUUAUUUAUAGCUAGAACAAGGGAAGUGCUUCUAGUUUAAAGCAGUUUCUGUCAAUGACAAUAGGGAACAAUACCAACCUGCACUCCUGCAUGACUUCAGAGUUUGGGUUUUGGGGGUAAAAAAUGUAAUGAUUCACACCUAUAGGUGGAUGCUUUAUGAAAUAAAGAUGCAGUCAGUGUUUCGACAUGAUUAUGGACACAGAGAAACUGUACUGGGUAUUGUACCAGCUCUUCCCCUCUAUCACAAGUACAGAUGGCAGAUUUGGGGUAAAUUCCAAUGAUUUGACUCCUUCUAUUACUUACAGGGAAAUUGGUUCACUUGAUAUUCCGAAAUGUAAUUCACAAAUCUCUGAAUUUCUCUACUGGAUAGCAAAAUGUAAAAUAACAGAAACAUUGUUUUAAAUUCCAAUGUGUUGUUACAAAUUCUGCAAUUUUACAAAUGUUUAAAUUGACGUUUGAAUUCAGACCAUCUCUGAUGGUCAGGCACAUCUGGGGUUGGGUUGGGUUACGUUCAAGCUAUAGAAACGUCCAUUUACGUUUUUACAGAACGGUUAAACAUAUCCACAGUGGUUGCUAAGGUGAAGGAAAAAAUUGUUUCCAGGUGGAAUACAAACUUAUGAAAUGCAUUUAGAAAAAGAUAGUACAAUGUGUGCUGGUAUGCCUAUGAGAGACUGUCAGUGGUAUAGAUGGUUGUUGGAAACAGUAUUAUGGCCCCAGGGGCUCAGUAUUUAAGUAAUGUGCAUUGUCAUGCUGGAACUGUUUAUUUGUUUUAACCGUUGAUGUAAUAUGCAAUAGAGGCCAAUGAGAUGAAUGAAGAGACAUGUUUUGACCUGGAUGCCUAAUUCUGUUCACCCAUUGACUCCUUCAGAAACAAACAAUGUGAGAUUGUGUUGCCCAAAGGCCCCGGUGCUUUUGGUCUACAGCGAAAGUGAGAAACAUGGAGCUGACGAGAAAUAAAAUUCACAAAUGUUAUCUUU